AUUUUUCGCUUAGUCAAAUGUGACCUUGUGGUCAGUAUUCCCAUCACAAUGUGAUUCCGGCUGAGUUGAUCAACAAUACCUUGGAAUCGUGUUAGUUGUUUAAGCAGGAAACUUAACAGAAAAUAGUACCACGAGUAUUUUUAUACGUGGUACGCAAUCUUUCAUGAUGCUGUCAGCAGACAUUUCACAGUUACCGACAAUUUGUUGUGUCAAUGAUGUAAGAAAUAUCCUGCAGAUUUUAGGUUUACCACUACCAGUUGAACUACAGAUGUUGAUGAUGCCUAGGAUUCUGCGUAAUCCCGUCAACCAGAUUCGUUACUCAGAUGUCAUUUUUUAUGCAGCUUGUGCACUGGAUUCUACAACUGUGACUUCUUUCGAGGCGAGUUCCGGACUAAACAAAUAUGACUUUUUUCUUGGAGGAGCUUGUAAUCCCACUACUUGGAGGAAAGAAGUGGCUAUUCCGAUUCUCGACCGUCUUGGCCUCACAUAUUAUAAUCCGCAGGUAGAUGACUGGUCGCCUGAACUCAUGGAACUGGAAAGGAAGGCAAAAUCAGUGUCGGACAUACUAUUGUUUGUUUUUGAGAACUGGAGAACGAGAGGAUUGGUCAGUCUUUUGGAAGCUACAUACCUUGCUUCUCAAAAAAAGCCACUAGUUUUAUGUAUAUCUAAAGUGGGAUGCACCGAUUUUCCUUCAGCAGCUGGUGAAAAUAUUUCCAAAUUGGAAUAUCACUUCUUAGAAGAGGCUAUGAAUUGUUUUAUUCAAUUGAUUAAGCGUCUCAAGAUACCAUGUUUUUCAGAAGUCGAAACUGCUGUAAAUUAUGCAGUACAUAAUAGUCAUUUAAGGCUUAAAUUUGCGGAAACCAUAACAAAUAAGGACAAGGAAUUAAUGAAUAAAAUACUAUUUAUAUCUAACAUAUUUCACGAAAUAAUCCGACGAGCUCCCAAGUCAGCUGAUAGUCAGAUCGUGUAUGAUCAAGUUCGUCAAGGAUUCAAGUCAUUAAAUGUUGAUCUAACCAGUGAUAGGAGUUUUAUUACUUAUUGGGAUAAGGUUAGUCGUUUUGACUUAUUAUCUUCAUUGUAUGCUGAGCAUAUACUGAAACAAAGUUCUCCAUCAUUAUUGGUUAUCUUAAAAAAAUAUCUUUCCAUUAAACUGCUGAGUAAUCGGGAUAAAUGUGAAUGCCUUGUAGGCGAACAAUUGGUGAAUUUAUUUGAAGGAACUCAGUCGUAUUCUGAAUUAAUGGAAUCUCCACUAAGCAAACAACCACUUGAUUCUUCAUCUCAGCUCAAUCCCUGCUUUCUUAGCGAUUCAAAUUAUGUUUCGAUUAAUUCCAAUAUUCAAACACUAUCUACAUCUCAUUGUUCAUCAUUACCGUUGUCAAAAUCAAAUAAUUCUAUGCAUUUGAACAAUAUUCAACCUUCUAAAAAUGUAACAUUUGAUAUUUAUAUUGCUGGAAUAUUGAAUGAGAAUAAAUUCAGUCAAUGUUUAUUAGAUAAUAUUAUUUUACCUAAAUUAAUUCAUUCGAAUUUAUCAUAUUAUCAAGCUGUACAAAAUAAUUUUCAUGAAUCAUUUGAAAGUAAUAAGAAUUUGUCAACAUUUUGUGAAGAUUUAGAAAUUGAACAGUUAGAAAUUCGUAAACAUUGUCGGCUUUUAUUGUAUAUAAUUGAUAAUAGUUCUUUUCAUUUAAUUACUCUAAUGGAGGCAGCCUAUUCUAUAGGAUGUCAUUUACCUGUAGUUCUUUUCAUACAAAUGUUUAAUUCUUCUAAUGAAACACACAUUAAUAGUUGUAAUAUUUCUCAUGAGAAAUAUGAACCUAAUUCAAUUCAACAAUUAAUAUACGAUGACUGUAAAGUACAACAAUUUUCUGUAAGUUCCAUUUUGGUCAAUAAAAAAAGAUUUUAUUUCAUCUAUUUUCUAUUUUAGGUUAAUAAUUUUGUUAAUAUUAGCAUGAAGAAGAAUACUCAUAGCAGUGAUGUUUCCAGUGAUUUCACUGAAAUAAAUUCUUCUCUUUCCAAUGAACAAUUAUCAAUGAAAUCUAAUUCUUUGGAUUAUGGCAUUGUAAUUGAUUCACAUCAUUCUGUUCAACAUUCUACCAAUAAUUUUAAUUGUUUAAGGGAUAACAAUAAAUCUAUCAAUUCACAACUACAUGAUAAUAAUAAAAAUAAUAAUAUUCCUAUGAAAUCACUUUCACAACAAGCCAUUAAGGAUUAUAAUCGUGUACGUAUGUAUUUAAUUGAUUUAGCUCAAGAAUUAAAUAUCCCUGUUGCAUACGAUAUUGAAACAGCUCUUGAUUUGUGCAUCUUUAAACUAAAAACACAAGUUUAAAUUGCUAUGUAGGCAGGAAAAAAAACAGUUAUACAUAUUGACCAUUCCAUGUCUCGCCUACGGUGAAUUUCUUUUUGAUUAUUAUUUCUACCUCUACAAAUGUUAUUACUUAUGUUAUUUUGAUCAUUCGACCAGUUAUUUUUCUUUAAGCAUUGUCUUAAAUCUUGUUGUAUUCUGCUUUGUUCUGUACAUGUUAUCUAAGUUAGCAAAAAAGAGAGUAAAAUAGAAUUGAAGUACUUUACCAAGUAAUUAGCAAAAUGUUUAAGCCUAUUAAUGCUUAAAUUAAAUUUACCUGACUGAAUUUAUUUAUAAUUUUCUUGAAAUGUGACUAUGAUCGUUUCGUUUUCUAUUCAUAGUAACUAAACUAUGUGAUUUUGUUUUACACUCUUAACAUCACAAUUCUAUUCUUUUUUUUUCACUUAUGUACAUAUCCAUGUAAUUACAAUAAUCACUUUACAUUUAUUUAUAUAAUUUUAAUUUCUUUUAAAUGUUUGUGUUUUUGUGUUAUUGUUUACAUGCUAUACACUAGUUGUAUUUAAUUUGUGUGUUUUUCUAAGUUGCUGCUCAUAUUUAUUUAUGAUUUUAACAAGUAAUUAUUAUUUGUUGUUUAC